CGGCCGGCCCCGCCGCCAUCUUGCUUCCUUUCCAGUCGGUCGUGACCGCGGUCCACAGAGGCUUGAGCCAUGAGGCUACUACCCAGAGCCGGACUCCUUUCGAGAUUUUAUUCCCUCAAAGUUGCCCCCAAAGUUAAAGCCGCAGCCGCCCCUGCAGGAGUGCCUCUACAUCCUCAGGACCUUGAGUUUACCAAAUUACCAAAUGGUUUGGUGAUUGCAUCUCUGGAAAACUAUGCUCCUGUGUGCAGAAUUGGUGUGUUCAUUAAAGCCGGCAGUCGAUAUGAGGACUCCAGCAACUUAGGGACCUCUCACUUGCUGCGCCUUGCGUCCAGCUUGACUACAAAAGGUGCUUCUUCUUUCAAGAUAACACGUGGAAUUGAAGCAGUUGGUGGUAAAUUAAGUGUGACUGCAACGAGGGAGAGCAUGGCAUACACCGUGGAGGGCCUGCGGGACGACGUUGAGAUCUUAAUGGAGUUCCUGCUAAACGUGACCACAGCACCAGAAUUCCGUCGUUGGGAAGUAGCUGAUCUUCAGCCACAGCUAAGAGUUGACAAAGCCGUGGCUUUUCAGAACCCACAAACUCGUGUCAUUGAAAAUUUGCAUGCUGUUGCUUACCGGAAUGCCUUGGCUAAUCCCUUAUAUUGUCCUGACUAUAGAAUUGGCAAAGUGACAUCAGAGGAGCUCCAAGAACCACGUUUCUGGAAAUUCUGGUUCCAACUUCUUAUUUCUGUUCCAACAGGUGUGAGUCAUCCUGUUCUCAAGCAAGUCGCUGAGCAGUUUCUCAACAUGAGGGGUGGACUUGGUUUAUCUGGCACAAAGGCCAAAUACCAUGGAGGUGAAAUCCGAGAACAGAAUGGAGACAGCCUCGUCCACGCUGCUGUUGUGGCAGAAGGUGCUGCGGUGGGAAGUGCAGAAGCCAGCGCGUGCAGUGUGCUCCAGCAUGUCCUGGGCGCGGGGCCCCACGUCAAGAGGGGCAGCAAGGCCACCAGCCUCCUUUACCAGGCGGUUGCUAAAGGGUCCCACCAGCCGUUUGAUGUUUCUGCCUUUAAUGCCAGCUACUCCGAUUCCGGGCUUUUUGGGAUUUACACUGUCUCACAGGCAUCAGCGGCCAGAGAUGUUAUCAAGGCUGCGUAUAACCAAGUAAAGGCAAUCGCUCAAGGGAACCUCUCCCCGGCAGAUGUCCAGACUGCCAAGAACAAGCUGAAAGCUGCAUACCUGAUGUCGGUGGAGUCCUCCAAGGGCUUCCUGGACGAAGUCGGCUCCCAGGCUCUGGGCGCUGGCUCCUAUGCGCCACCAUCCGCAGGCCUUCAGCAGGUGGACUCAGUGGCUGAUGCCGACGUCGUGAGUGCCGCAAAGAAGUUUGUUUCUGGCCAGAAGUCUAUGGCAGCAAGUGGAAACUUGGAGCACACGCCAUUCGUCGAUGAACUGUGAUGCAAGGGAGCCAGACGUCCUGGCUGGCCGGCCGAGCGGCAAGUGCAGCCAUCAGGAGCCUUUAGUGUGACACUGCUUGUUCUCCUUAGGUAAAAUAUCUUAAGAGUAUAAAUGCCGAUAAUUGCUCCCACCUGAGAGUCAAUAAAAUGUUCUGUUGAAAUGUUUUUGUUACAUU